AUGUCAGCAACUAUUACAGAUACAAGGGCUUCAACGGCCAAUGGAGUUGCAGACCCUCGGCAGUAUGACUACAGCAAUCUCAAACCCUACGUGCACCCGCCGGUGACAAAGGCAGAUCUGCCCUGGGCAGAACUCGUCACGCUUGAUCUCGAGGACUUUGGCCGCCCCGGCGGCAAAGAGCGGCUGGCCAAGCAGCUGGAACACGCCGUCCACCACGUCGGGUUCUUCUACGUCAAGAACUUUGGCCUGUCUCAGGAGGAGGUCGACCGGCAAUUCACGCUGGCGCAGAAUUUCUUCGAGCUGCCCGUGUCGGAGAAGGAAAAGUACGAGGUGCGCUACGCCGAGGCCGACUACAACGGCUGGAGACGGCCAGGACGCUCGCUGCAGUCCAAAGCGCGGGACAACGUCGAGAUGCUCAACUUCCCCAAGUUCACAAAGGACUUUGUCGGCAAGUACGACUAUCCCGACCUGAUCAAGGCCCACCUGGGUGAGAUCGAGGCGUUUCAGCGCGCCCUCCACGCCAACGUGGUGCUCCCGCUCCUGCGCCUCUUCGCCAUCGUCCUGCAACUCCCCGACGAGGAGUACCUGGCCAAACAGCACACGUACGAAAAGAAGAGCGAGGACCAUUCCCGAUACAUGCUCUAUUACCCGCGCACCGAGGAGGAGUGGGCCGCGAGCGACUACGGCAGAGGGGGCGGACACACCGACCUGGGGACUGUGACGCUGCUGUUCCGCCAGCCCGUGGCCGGCCUGCAAAUCCUCGGCGAGGACGGCAACUGGACGUACGUGUCGACCCAGCCGGGCACCAUCACGGUGAACCUCGCCGACACCAUCUCGCACCUCACGGGCGGCUGGCUCAAGAGCUCGGUGCACCGCGUCGUCGCGCCCCCCGAGGACCAGCGCCAGUACAAACGCACCGGGCUGCUGUACUUUGCCCGCCCGCACAACGACACGUUGCUGGUCCCCAUCACGGACUCGCCCGUGCUGGAAAAGGCCGGCGUCAAACCCAGAUUCGACCAGAUCGUCACCAUGGAGCAGUGGGUCAAGGCGAAGCAGACACUGCAGCUGAACCCGGACAUUGCGGCCAAGAGGUGGGCCGAACGGGGAGACGGGACAGUCGAGGUUCUCGCAGGGUUCCGAGACCAGAAGUACAAGUCAUAG